AUGGAUCCCUAUCUCCUCUGUGGCGUGUUCGCCGUGCUAUGCUCGCUUUUCUUUCUGCAGCGUCGCCUUUCUGCAAAUUCACGUCGUCCGCUGCCUCCAGGACCUCCAGCAUAUAUUCCCUGGAUCCGGCAUGCAUUUCAGAUUCCCACAGAGCGGCAAUGGGUCAAGUUCAACGAAUGGAGCCGUACUUACGGCAAGCAUCAUUGCCUGACUGUAUAUAUAGGGGAUAUCAUGUCUGUCGAAGCCUUGGGUCAACGCUACAUCAUCUUGGGCUCUCUGAAGGCGUGCACGGACUUGUUUGAUCGCAGGUCCUCAAACUUCUCCGAUCGUCCGAGACUCCCAAUGCUGAACGAACUCUCGGGUGGCAACUGGAGCUUCGCUUUCAGGGAAUACGGUUCACAAUGGCGGGAUGAAAGGCGAGCAUUUCACAAAUACAUGAACAUCACCCAGGUGGCCCAAUAUCGCCCGAAGCAACUCAAGGAAGCGCGCGCGUUCUUGCAGCGACUGCUGGCAACUCCAGAUCGAUUUUACGAUCUGGUUCGACACACGUUAGGUGCGACCAUUAUGAACGUUGUCUACGCUAUCGAAACUGCAGAGGAGAACGAUGAAUAUAUCAACAAGGCUGAGGAGGCUUUGCAAACCCUCUCUCUCGCCGGUAAUCCAACGGCAUAUCUAGUCAACACUUUUCCCUGGCUAAAGUACAUCCCGAAUUGGUUUCCCGGGGCCCAGUUCAAGCGUCAAGCGGCGCGUUGGCGGCAGAUAGCGUACGAGUUUGUCACCAAUCCACUGAAUCACGUUAAGGAGGAAAUGCGCCGAGGAACUGCUCGUCCCUCGAUGGCUCUUUCACUGUUGGAAGAACUCGCCGAUGUCCCUCAGGAAGAAAGGGCUCAACGAGAAAGGAUUGUCGCAAAUGUCGCUGCGAUAGCAUACGGUGGUGGUGCAGACACGACGAUAUCCGCCCUAAACACGUUUUUCCUUGCUAUGGCCAUGCACCCCGGCGUUGUAAAGCGGGCUCGGGAAGAGCUGGACUCCGCUGUAGGCACCCAACGGCUACCGACCUUCGAGGACGAGGAGCACCUUCCGUACAUCACGGCUAUCUGCAAAGAGGUGAUGCGUUGGCAGACAGUGACCCCUCUCGCCGUGGUUCACAGUUCGGUUCAGGACGACGAGUACAACGGCUAUUUCCUUCCCAAAGGGAGCGUGUUCUUCGGCAACGCAUGGGCAAUCAUGCACGAUCCCGAAGUAUAUCCGGAGCCGCACUCGUUCAAGCCAGAGCGUUUCUUGAAGGCAGGGCGUAUCAAUCCGGAAGUGCGAGACCCAACUGUAGCCGCCUUUGGUUUCGGACGGAGGAUCUGUCCAGGGCGCUGGUUCAGUGCACAGUCGCUGUUCAUCACCGUUGCAUCGGUCCUUGCAGCUUACGAUAUCAGAGCGCCGAUGGACGAACAUGGCCGUCCGAUACAACUAGAGGCCAAAAUGACGACCGGUGUACUCUCCUACCCAGAGCCUUUCCAAUGCAUUAUAGUCCCUCGUUCGAAGCAAGCCGAACGACUUGUUAGAGAAGGGGCCAUUGAAGUCGAAUGA